UCUUUUCAUCGAAACAUCUAGAAGACACUUUGAGGAAUUAAAAAAAUAAAUCGAACCUCUCCGAUUGAGCCAUACCAUAACAUAUCCAACAGAUUUUGACGCCGUUCCUUCAUCUGAAAUUUGCGAUGGCUGAACACUUGGCUUCGAUUUUUGGCACUGAGAAAGACAGGGUAAACUGUCCCUUUUAUUUCAAGAUCGGAGCAUGCAGACACGGCGACCGGUGCUCGCGCCUCCACACCAAGCCUAGCAUUAGCCCCACUCUCUUGCUUUCAAACAUGUAUCAACGCCCCGACAUGAUCACUCCCGGCGUCGACGCCAAUGGCAAUCCCAUUGACCCCCGCAAGAUUCAACAGCAUUUCGAGGAUUUUUAUGAAGACCUCUUUGAGGAGAUGAGCAAAUAUGGUGACAUUGAGUGCUUGAAUGUCUGUGACAACCUAGCUGACCACAUGGUUGGUAAUGUAUAUGUUCAAUUUAGGGAGGAAGAAUAUGCUGCAAGAGCACUAAAAAAUCUUACUGGGAGGUUUUAUGCUGGACGUCCCAUUAUUGUCGAUUUUUCUCCUGUGACGGACUUUCGUGAGGCUACCUGUAGGCAAUAUGAGGAGAACACAUGCAACCGUGGUGGGUACUGCAAUUUCAUGCACCUGAAACGGAUUGGCAGAGAGUUGAGGCGUGAACUAUUUGGAAGAUAUAGACGAAGGCGUAGCCGCAGCAGAAGCAGAAGCCCCUAUAGGCAUCGCAGCCAUGAAGAGCAUUCUCAUGGUGGGCAUGGUUCUAGCAGAAGGUAUGAUGACAGGGAACGCUAUCAUGAAAGUAGGAGCAGGAGGCAUAGGAGCACAAGCCCUAGCCAUAGGAGAGGGAGAAGCAGAAGUCCAGGUGGAAGACAGAUUCAUAGUCCUGUCAGGGAAGGUAGUGAGGAGAGACGAGCCAAAAUUGAGCAGUGGAACAGGGAAAGAGAAAUGCAAGAAAAUGCUAGUAAAGAAUAUACUGAUGGCAACAACAGAGAAGCUGAAAUUAUCAAUGAUGGUUAUAAGCAAAAUGGUAACCAACACUGUGGAUAUGAGCAGCAGCCACCUCCAAAUCAAGGAGACUAUGUAUACUGAUCUACUUAAUAGUGUUGUACAGGUCAAUCCUGAAAUGUUUUCAACUGUUUUUUUUUUUUUUACCCUUUAGCUGUUUUUUGCCUUUGCUAACUACUUUGAAGCUGCUUGAAUGUGUGCAUCAAUGCAUGUGUUGGCUUUUCAGAGGCAUUUAGUUCCCACUGUUACCUAUCGGUUGAAUUGUAGCCUAGUACCAGUUUUUUCCCUUACCAAAUUUUCUCCUGUCAAACUGGUUUUUUCCGUCUCAAGUUUUUGUUUCAAGCUUGUUUCUCUUACCUUCUGAAAUUAUUUUGAACGCAUUUUAAGCUUUAGAAAUUUUCUUUUCAAAAAAGACUAGAUUCUAGUGAUUUCACUGAUGUUAAAGUGUUGUCUGGAACAGUGUUUUAGUUUAUGCAUGUCUAGUUCUUUUUUCCUUUUUGAAAAUUUUCAUUCUGGAGUCCAUAUGAAUUGGGCAUUUUAUUGAUGAUCUUAGAAUUUAUGGCCACUCUUUACCAUGGUAAAGUCUUGGUUGUGAUAUCUUUGAUGCAAGUAUGUGUGUGCAAUAAAGAUAUUCUCAUUUUCUGUUCUCUAGUGUGUGGAUGCAUGUGUCUAUGAAUUUUGCAGUUGUAGAUUCUGUGACCACCGCACAUCCAGGCCUGCAAAAGAUAAAAUUCUCAUGGUUCUCAAUUGGGUUUUUCUUUAAACUGCCUUAGUUGUUUAAAUUGUAAAUGUAUAUUAGUAUUGUUCUUACCCAUGUUAUGAGUUUUGCAGGUUCAGGUAUCCUGCUUCUAAGGAACAGGGUGUUAUUUUGUUUGCAGCUCACAAUGAAAAUGAAAUUUGUGUACAGGUUUUUGGUGCAGUAUGAGAUGUUUCAGGAUGGGUUUACAAGGUCUCUAUCAAAUUACUGUUAGAAAUAAACGAGGAAGCCCCAGCAUUGUCAAAAUUGCUGCUGUGUUUAGGUCGACCGGUAUUUUGGUAAUAUGAAGCAGCAAUCUUCGGCAUUGUUAGAUAUUCAUUCUUGGAUUUUGGAAAAGAUAUUAUUAAAUGGUGUUGAGCUGACGAUUUGUUUAGUUUAUUUUGCAAAUGAUCAGAUUGUGCAACAUGAUAUAAUUGAGUUGUUGGUUCUCUUCUUA